UGACGAAUUCCCUCUUCCAUGCCAAACAUACGAGCAAUUCGAGGAAUUAGACGGACAAUUAACGACAAAUGACGAUUUUCAACAGAAAAUUGAUCGAAGCUCUACCACGAAUCCUGUACAUGCUACGGCGACCACUCUGGAGGAAGCUACGACGCUGCAGUGGAGACUCCGGGCGCUCAUGUUGUCACCUGUCCGGAACACGAGUCCGCCUCGAGUAUUAGGCUGAAGGGGAUCGGAGGAUUUGGAGGUACACCUCCCCGCGGUACCAACUACCUGACCUGCUGGAGAACCUCGCCAGGGACAGUUGCAGUACAGCCACGCCCGACACCCCGGACUGCUGCCGACGAGACAGGGCGACGCAGACGUUCACUGGAGCAACCGCCUCGUGCGGAACGCAGACGGACAGCCGCAGUAGGACAAUAAAACCAAAACGGAAGGAGAAGGCUAAGCAACGGGAAACAUCUAUGGAGAGACGAUCCUGGGAAAAGAGACGUCGUACCAGGCUUGGCCAGGAAACACCACCUACGCAGUCAAAAAGCAGCAUAGACUUCAACAACAACGAGGAACUAGCAUACCGGGUUACAGUAGCUAAACCACCAAUACGGUGGAGGCCUAAGGCCUAAAGUCUUUUUGAAACAACGGCCCUUGUCAGGGCCACCCGAAUAUAAGAAAACAUAAACUACUGUAUAUAAUGUACAUAUUGUAUAUAAGAAGAGCUAAAAUACAUUUCUGUUACUAAAACUAAGGCCUAGUUCACUGGCGAAAGACUCAUCCUACCGACAAGAAAAGUACGAACACACCGGAACGAGCGAGGUUCCACUACACUGAUAAUGUAUUAUUUUUGGAAGAUUGAGCAUGCGUAAUGGUAGAACUUUUGUUAAGACCGAUUAAUUCGUUUGUGACAAAUGUCACUACGUCCUGGGCCGACCAACCGCCCCACUAUAAGGAACUUGGCGUCUUUAGACGCCCUUUCCGAGAGUGUGCUUUCCCCCACGGGAAACCGCUCUUACGCUACUGAGAGCGCGUGGGGAUCGCCCUGGCGAGUAUAAAAGCCGGGCGCGAUCACAAUCAGAGACUAGUCCCGUCCUGUCGACAGGGCAGGUCAUCCGACUGCUGUGCUGCCUGGUUGACACCGGCUUUCGACGUUCCUCGCUUCCGCCGACGGGGCAAGUCACCCGACCGCUCUGCCUUCUGGCUCGCGCCGGCAUUCAGCAUCACGAUUACCACUCGACUCCGUGCCGCAACCGCGAGCUGCACAUUUGCGUGCUUCCGUCCGACGCCGCUAGCUUAAACGCUGUACAUAGUGUAAAUAUUCCCGUAGGUUAAAUCACGCGCCUAGGAUAAGAUUAUACCUCGAUAGAAUUAUACGUAGAAUAAGAUUACCCGUAGAAUAAGAUCCAAAUGUAAAGCGAGGGCUCUAAUAAAGAGUUUUUAAAUUGAUAUCGGCGUGCGCAAGUUGGCUUCCCCCUUCUCCCGAAUUCUGGCACCUGGCGAGCCUGUCCGAGGCAUUCGGGAAAGGCGAACUGUUACACGUUAAACAUUAUGAUAACAGGUAAAGAAAUGAGGAAAAAACAACCUAUGUAUAUGUACUCAUUUAUCAUCAAAGCGUAUAAAUGUAUGGAAAAUUACAGAUACCGAUAUCACUAAAAAAAUUAAUGUACCAAUAAAAUAUGUAAGUAAUGUUACAUACAAGAGAUAAGCCAAAUGAAUAUAAAACUAUUUAUGUUGUUACUUCCGGGGGACUUCACGUUUUUAUUGCCGGCUGACCUUUAGGAAGUAGAUAAAUUAAGAAAAAUGCAUCUGGCACUUAUCGGGAAUCAAAAAGAAUACAGAAUUAAACACCGCGCCGCGCAUCGUGGGAAAGAGAGGGUACAGUCAUAGAAAUUUCAGAGAGCCCACGCUUUCCGAGUUAAACAUCGAAAUGCUGAUGAAGUCUCUCUGUACCCUAGUUGUUUACAGGUCCUUCUUUUUAUGAUCAUCAAUGAGGAGCCGGAUGUAAUCUAAAUCGUUGAGAAAGGCGUGAGAUCGCGUAGAGCUUCGAGCGUAAAAUAAAUGAAAACCUGAUCGUUUUGAACGCGGGAAGCAAUAAAUUCACCUUACUUUCGAAGCAAGACACGACUCUCAAUCCUAAAAAAGUAUUGACGACAGAGUAAUAGGAAACAUAAAAUUUUCAUUUUUACUGCCUUUAGAUAAGAACAUCCAAGAAUAUUAAUCCCCCUCUCCAACCAGAACUUGAAUUAUCGUGGGCGGAGACAAAAAAGAAUAAACCAAUGAUUAGAGACUCUAACAAGAGUUUAUUCCUAAUACAAAUAAGGUCCCAUCCAAUUAAGCACCACCUCCCAGAAAAUCCCGAAAAAGGUCAACCAAUUGAAGUCUUCGAAUUUCCCCCACACCCAUGUUCCUGGGAAGUUAAUAUAUAGCCGCGACCCGAUCAUCAUUAUCAAGUAUUUGUCUUUUCUAUUUUCUUGUUCUUGUGACGUUUUUGAACAGUUUCCGCGAGUGAGUCAAGCUCGAAAGUUAAGUGCACCAUCCGAAAAGACGAGUCCAGUGGAUCAAUCUACCCCAGAGCAAUACAUAGGAAUUAAACCGCCAUUAAGGAAUCCACUUCCAAUUCUAAAGGCCGUCCAAAAAUUUACAUACACUGUCCUUGGCUCAACAUACUAGUAAGUCUCUUUUUCUUCAAUUUUAAGCACCUUCUCCUUUUUAUUUAUUCUCUCCAUUCACUAAUUCAUCUCGAAAAAUCGAUCGACCAAAACGCAAACGCUGGGCUUAUAGACGGUUUCGUCAGCGUCAAAAUUGACGAGCUCGAGAAAAUUUGGACGUCGCUUGUCGGGCAUACCUCGCUGAACUCCGGAUUAUUACUACUACAUUACGCGAAGAACCGUCAAAAGUUCCUCGCCCUCCUUUUGAUCUACUGCGCGAAGAAUCAUUAGGAGUUCCUCAUCCUCCUAUUCCUGACUUACUGUGCGAAGAAACAUUAAGAGUUCUUUGCUCUCGUUCUCAAAAUUUACAUCUGGAAGAACCGUCAAGGAUUCUUUCCCCCUCCUCAACCUAUUCCCUUGUUAGUUCAGCAGAAGCCGAAAAUGAUUCACCACCACUCUCCCCUGCACCCUCCGACGUCAGUAUCAAAAUUUUAGAAGAAUUCUCUCCCCCACCCCUUUGUCCUUCGUAUUAUCAUUUCGAUCUUUUUCUCCGUUCGCAUUCGAAUUAUCUGGUGUGUUCACGAUACUCUCGACCUAACUCGCUAGAGUGUAGAAUCGUUCCUGUAUGUUAGCGAACUCCUCUUUAUGCGUCUCAUUAUAAUCUAAGAUCGCGAGUUCAUCGUUAUGGUCUUCAAACGCGCGAUAUAAUUCUGUUACACGCGCCAUGUACAUCUUCAACGUGGUAUGAUCUAAAUCAUCUUUGUGAAGGAAGUUUGUUAAGCUAGUAAGCUGUGCUUUCAACGAGGUUUGUUUCUGAAUUAGUAAUUUAACUCGAUAGAACAUUGUUCAUGCUUUAGCGACAGUCUGGAUAAUAAAAUUUAUAAAUACUCCCCUUUAUGUGGUUGUAGAGCCGAGCUCGUGAGCGCAGCUACCUCGGCUGGUUCCAUUUGCAGUGGAUUAUCCGUAUAGUUGAGUGUAACCUUGCGGAAUGUCGCACUUCAUAGGAGGCACCAAAUGUUGAGUCGAGGUACAAGUGUUACCUUGUACACCGUGGUUUCGUAUGGAAGAAGAAGUUUAUUUAUCAUCUUUACACCGAUAUUGUGGGAAUAUAAAAUAGGAAUAUAAAAUCACCACUUGUUUUAAAAAUAGAUAACUCUCUAUUUUUCUAGAAAAUAUAACUCUAGAAAAAGAUAUUUCAUGUUACAAUAAAAAUUCACUAUUAUUAGAGAGAUCAAAAAAGAAACUUGAUCACAUGUCCGGCGCGUUUUAACUGUGACUAAAAGCGAAAAUCCUACGCCUCGAGAGUUCGACUAACCGUCCUACGCGUCCUAUUCUCUUUUUACCACCACGCACGCUAGUACCUGAUCUUAUGACUAGUAUUUUCCAUCAAUUAAUGCACAUUUCCACGAAUCGAGUUAAUGCCUAACUUAGAAAAGAAAAUUUAAUACAUUUAUUUUACACUUGGCCAUCCGACGACAUCUGUCCUCAGAUGUUAGCUUCACUCGUCGAAAAACCUUCGUUGGAAGUACUCCACAGCUUCAUGUACUCCGCUGCAGUAGAUGUUUCAAGGGGUCCUUCCCCUUGGUUGACCUUCCGUAUGAUGAACUGAUCGUUUCGGAGUAUCCGGCGUACUCGGUACGGUCUGAAAUACUUUGUUGCUAAUUUUAAUCCUGGUCUGCUCUGCGUACGCCUGAUAGCAAUCAGAUCACCCUACUUGUAUGUAGCUGGAACCUUUCUGUUUUUAUUAUAACUCUGCUUAUUCUCCUCUUGUAUUCUAGCGAUAUUCUUCUUCGCACAUUGCCGGAAUUCAUCUCUUUUCUCUACGAAAGCCUGCAGUAAAUCUCGAAUCAGCGGGUCUUCUUUUGUUUUCAUAUGUGUUUCUGUUCGCGACUUGGCGAAGAAUUCGCUAGUUAGCCCUGAGAAUGGUAAGCAGGGUGAGAGGACAUUUGUGGAACAGGUGUUAAAUAACAAAAUGCACUACAAUUACGUGUCACGUGGACUCAUCGUGAUGUCCGAGUCGUAUCGUAUAUUUAUUAUAGAUAUUAGUUGAUACAUAUUACACGCGUUUACUAUUUAAUGAGCACAAAAAUGAGUCUCUGUAUGAUAACACUGUCCUUGAUCACUUACGCGGGAGAUAUUAUAUUAAUCUGUUACCGGUGGUGAUGAUGAUGCCUGUGAGCUCGGUAUCACGCAGCGUCGGCGUGGUGAGCGUAAGUCUCUCGUUGGUGAUGUCUUGAGUGAUGGUUAUGAGUCUCUCUUUAUCACUGGAUGAGUCCUUCCGUUGAACAUUCCUUGAAGUAGUGUUCGAAGAUCCCACGAGUAGAAUCGAGCACAAAUACGUCGAAACGAUCGCACGAUAGACAACGUGAACCGCCGCUAUAGAGCACACGUACCGAAGUAAAACGGGAGACGAGCCCAACGCAUGCGCGAGGUACGCUAGCGCAGCGCUCUACCAUCUGGGUUAGCCUAGCCCGAUAGAUGCUGCCAUCUGACGCGACAGCGCGAGCUCAAUACAUACUGAAUCCCGAACAAUUCCAAACAAUAACCGGAAUAUACCGGCGACAUACCUGUGCUUUGUGAGGAUACAUUGUUUAGACACUGCUGGGCUUGACAUAUUUAUGCCAAUGGGCCGAAUUCGGCGUUGAUAGCUUUGUCAACAAAAGGAUUAAAAUGCGAUUUACGCGCUCAACUUCUCCGUUUUCUCGCGACAUUUCUGUGAUAAUGGUCGAAUGUUCAAUAUCUUCGUCCUUGCAAUAUGUCUGAAAGUUAUGUGAUGUAAAAGCUGUUCCUCGGUCUGAAAUAAUUCUUCAGGGAUUCCCGAAAAUCGCGCUCUGCUGCAUUAGCCUGUCUAACACCUCUAUUGUAUCGGUUGAUUUCGUAGGGUACAACCACAAAAACUUCGUAAAAGUAUCAACAACUACGAACAAGUGACGAAUGAUGACUUGAUACAUAUCACGUCGACCACUUAGGUCCCUUGUCUUCCACCAAAAAUAGUUUUUCUGGUCGACGUGAUAUGUAUCAAGCGGCGUUUCUCCUUUUGUAAUUGAAUGUUGCCAGUCUUCCUUCCUUCCAGAUUUUUUUUUUAGCUAGAAUGCAAUUAAUACAAUUUUCGACGACGUCUUCAACCUUCUGCUAAACCAAUAAUUCUCUUUCAAAAGCUUUUCGAUUUUGUCAAGACCAAAAUGACCUUGUUCGUGCUCCUGUCGGAUAAUGCUGUUUUGCAUCAAUAAUGGGACAACAAUUAACGUGUUUCCGUUUAAAUUUCGACACACGAGUCUGUUCUUCAUGACGUAGUUGUCGUUUGGACUAUCUCUUAACUGCUCUCGAAUAUUCGAUAUCUCAGCGUCGUCUUCUUGGCUCCUACGUAAUUUUGCAAGUAUGCCAUCUUCACAUUCGGUUAUUACCAUGAUCAUGGGCAAUGCAUUCUAUUUCUAUUCAUGGCGUCGACAUGCUUCAUACUUCUUCCUGGGCGAUAUUUAACCUCGAACUGGAAGUUUUGAAGAAAGAGUGCCCAUCUCGCGAUCCGUGGACUGAUAUCCGUCUUCUUCAUCGUUUGUAUAAACGCUUGACAGUCCGUCACUAUCUUAAAUGGUAUACCUAUCAGAUAUACUCUAAAUUUUCGCAACGCUUUAACAUUCGCAAGGACCUCCAACUCGUAACUAUGAAAUCCCGAUUCGCUGUCGGGUUUGUUGCCGCUCGCAUAAUAUGCCGGAUGGAACAAACGAUCCUCGCUAUCUCGCUGUAACAAUAUUGCUCCAUAGCCUCGUGACACGUCCGUGUGUAACUCAAUUUCGGCUUUCAGACAAUAGAUUCGUAAAAUCGGUCUUCGACUAAGAGCCUCUUUCAAAUGAUUGAACGCACACGUUUAAUCUUUCUUUAUCAUCGAAGUUAAACGCAACGUUGUCUUUCAAUAGAUUCAUCAACAGGUAUGCAAGGAAAGCGUAUCCCUGCACGAACUUUCGAAAAUAACCGGUCAGGCCAAAAAACUCUCUACCGCUUUUUUGUCUAUUGGCGUUGGGAAAUUUCGUACUCAUUUUUUCGUCGGACGGAGUGACGUCAUCGUUCUCUAUAAUAAAGCCUAAGUAAUUUACCCUCGUUUUUAAAAACUGAUAUUUUUCCCAGUUUAUUUCUACACCGUGUGUACUCGCCUUAUGUAAUACCUUUUCUAAAUUCUGAAGCUCCUCUUCGACAUCAUGAAACGGUAUAAUCAAAUCGUCCAUGUAAAACGUGUGACGUGCCGCGUCCGGCCGCGCUCAUCACAAGGGCGUCAGUCCGACCGAGGGGGUCGGUCUGGGGCUGCUCCUCGCCGAACCGAGGGGGAAACGGCUUCAUUGUUUUGUUAUCUUUUAUUAUUUCGCGCUACCGUUUUUUUCCAUUUCAGUUAUUAGAUUAUUUAGAAUUAAGGCGCCGAGUAUGGGCUCAAUCUAAACUUGUAUCAAAGACGGAGGAAGAGCAGCCGUCGUGGGAACUUUGUAGCGAGCUAUCAACAGUGGACGAGGUGCUUCGCAAGGAAUUUCCUCGCCGAGCUGUGCAUCGGGCCCCGCUGCGCGUGGCCGCCCCUGAGCUACGAGGAUACCGACCCCGCAAGGAUACCGCAUAACUACAAGACGAUUCUCUGGAGGAAUCACGCCGAGGGCACGCCACCGGGCUGCAGACCGGGGGAACGACCAACGCCAACCGCCCGCCAUCAAGGUCGGUUCGGUCGCGGCCUGGCCAGCCGGACCAGCCGAAAACGGCAGGGCAAGAAAGAUUUCGUCGACGGAAGUCAUCACGCGCGGAUCACGGAGAUCUUGAGGGGUGAGGCGGCGCAACGAUAGGCCGAGGAUCCUGCGACACGUGCGGAUCCACCUAUCGAAAAUCGAAGCGCGCACGCGCCUGCGCGGCGCCUCGAGCCGGGGCUUCUCACUGUUCGGUGGGCUACGUACUGAGGCAUAUCGGCGAGGAUCAGCCCUAUAGUUACCGAGUCUAGAGGACCAGCUUGUUACCGUUUUGUGCUCUGGCGAACCAGGAUCUUUCGUACUGUAAGGCCAUCACUCGGCAGCCACCGAUCUACGUAAGAUUCGGAUAAGGCGGUCGACUCUCGUGCGGGUCCGGAUAAAGGAUACCGUUUCUUGUUGCGCUACCGGUCAUCCGAAAUCCGUUACCGCUAUUGCUGUUAUUUUGAGAAAAGAGUUUCGUGGCCGCACGAGAGCUCGGACCGACCGGCCCCGAAUAGUAGUUAGUCAAGUACGUUUCUCUCGGACAAAGCCGGCACCGACAGUUAUAUUUAGUUAUAAUCGAGUCGAUUGUUACCGCGAAUACUGUUCCUUGUCACGUCCUAACCAUUUGUCCAAAUUUAUGGACAUUUCUUUUUCCUCCCAUUAACAAGUAAAAUCACUUAAUAGCGCCAGGCAUGACGCGCACAAUGACACCAGACGCCACCCUCGGAUAGGCCAAUGUAACGCGACCCCGCGUAUGGAAGUGGGGAUAUCUUAAGCGGCGUCCCCACGCCAUGUCUUAGAAUAAGGCGCGCAGUCAGAAGUAAUCAGUUCUCGCGAGCGGUUCACUUUUCUAGUUCAAGUUCCAAUUCCAUUCCAAAUCUCAUUCUAGUUCUAAUUCUAAUUCAAGUCUUAAAUAAUUAAUUUAGUAUAAUUGUUUAGCUACUUAACUUUAUAUUCUAAUUUAACCUUAAGUGUAAUUGUAACCAAUAAUUUUACUUUUAUAAUAAACUGAUAGAUUCAGUGACUCGAAUUCGUUAUUCAAUUUCAACAUUCCUUAAAUCACGUUCAACGUAUAUCACGCGAGUUUACCAUAACUGUGAAGACCGUUUCCUGCGACCGUCCAAUCACAGAAGGGUCUACACCGAGGGGUAGCCACAACACGACGCCUCCUGAGCCGACCAAGCUGACAGCCAAUCAAGAGAGUCACCUAAAGGUAGGAUAACAACUCACACAUUUCUAAUAAUAAUAAAUUCCCAUUCGCGUUCGCAAUGUUCCGUGAAAAUGUACCCUACUAAUUCUAUUAACUAUUCGUCUCCCGGAUUGGUCGAGCCGAUGCCUAUCACGCGCGACUAUUUUGUUUGGAUAAGCACUGCAUGCUGCACCGCGUCAUUGUUCUAUCAACAUUGUAUUGAUAAAACUUAUUACUUGUGCGAUAAUUGCUACCUCCAAGCUCCCCCCGAGACCCACUUGCUUUACACAUACAAACUGCGCCACUACAUACAUAUCGGGUUCGGUGACUGCCAAGAAUACUGCUCGGUUUGUAAUGUAUUAUUAGCCACCCGCAGUAUCUUACACGAGUGUCGCGCCUAUAUUAGCAUAUUUGAGGGAUUCCUGCGUUAUCUUGAACAGAGCAACGAUCUUCCAACUGACUUUACCGAAGCUACUAUCGUCGCGAUCUCUGAAGAUCCGGUCUGUUAAUUUUGUAAAUUUGUCCAGUUUCACGAGUCAUAAUCACCUCAGAGUGCAGGGCAGUAGCCGCGAUUUUAUAAUUUGGCCGCGUGCUCGUCCUGCACGUAACAAAACUGGUGACAGCGGUGGGAUUGCGAAAGGUCCGAUGGCCACCCGCAGCGCCAAAUCUAAGAAACCCCUCUCGGAAGAGGAGUUAGAAAUCACGGGUGAGGAACAAACCGCUGAAGACAAACGGUUACGCGAAAUGGCGUCAAAUUUAGCCGCGGAACGCGAGAGAACAAACCAGGAAAGCGCCGAACUUGCAAAAGAACGCGAGAGAUUUAAUAGAGAACGCGCGGAGUCGGAGAAUAAUAUGGAGACUGCAUUCAGAAGCAUGCGUGAGUGCAGUAAUUUGUUCAUUAAUAUGAGAGACGAUUUAAUGCGGGAAAUGAAUUUGCUGCGCCGGGACGUUGACAUUCUUCGGAGAGAGCCCUCCGGAACUCCAAGUCCCCCACCAGGUCAACGAUUUCUCGGUUCACCAUCUCCCCCGCCAGCUUCAAACGAUAUUAAUAAUGUUAACGACGACCCUCAAUUCGUACCCAAAAUCUCGCUACGCGAAGCCAUUGAUGUCGUGCCGCGCUUUGAUGGUUAUAACAUCUCAUUGUCGCAAUUGACGAAGGCUUGUAGGAGAGCACGCGAUAUAGUUCCCGCCCGUCAUGAAAGACAGUUAACGAAAUUAUUGAUAAGUCGGCUAAGUCAGCGGGCAUAUUCUGCUGUCGAAGACGAACCUUGCGAUACAGUCACGCAAUUACUCGAUCUUUUGAAUGGAGCUUUCGGUUCCGCGAAUACCAUAGCUCAGUAUCGCGGGGAACUCAGCAAUAACUAUCUGAGAAACAACGAGCAUGUUCUAGAUUACAUUAGUAGGGUGAAGGAACUGCGGUCCGCCAUUUUGGACGCCGAACGGCGAUCCCGAGGUGCGCUCGAACACGCGGUUGUGGCGGAAACCGAUGAGUUAACGGCUCGUUCCUUCUGCGACGGACUCCCUCUUAAAUUUCGGUUGCAAUUACGACCCGAACAUUACACUAGACCUUUCGAGGCGUUCUCUGUCGUAAAAAUGCUCGCCAAGCGAGACGAAUUGGAACGACAGAGAUAUGACGCUAUGCGACGAUCAGAGCGGGGACCCUCAGGGUGGUCUUCCGACGGCCCUAGACACACCCACGAGCGCCCAAAUGUCAAUGCAUACCGGCGACCGGUCAUUGACACAUUUCCGCGAGACGCGCCCCGUGACGCGGAGCGGCGAGAAAAUUUUAGAAGAACGGACGACCAGCGAGUAAGGGAGCGACAAACGCGAGAUUCAAACAAUACCUCUCCCGCGAACAAUCGCGAUAACCGCGCUGUAUGGUGCCGUUAUUGCAAAUACCCUGGACAUGAGAUCCACGAAUGCCGUAAACGUCAGUACAACAACUCACAGGGAAACCGACGCGGCCUCUCGAGCGGUCCGGACCCAGCUCGAGCAGGGCCGUCAUCGACGCGUCUGGUAAGAUGCAUAGAAACGACGCCGGAGGAGAUAGAACCGCCCGAAUCGGAAUCCUCCGAGUAAGAGAUUUUAGUCACGCCCCUUCUAUAAUGCUCCCCAGCAACGAGUUUUUGCCGGGAGUAAUCCUUAUGGUAGAUACGGGCGCGGCUCCUAAUUUAAUU